GUGGCAGAACUGAGAGCAGGCGAGCGCGUAAUCAGCACUGCCUACAGACUAGUUCACGGUAACACUCUCUAAAAUCGCCGCCUGGACCCACAAAAGUACUCGUUCGGACUUAAUCGGGAUUGAAACGCUUUAUUCUAACUAUAAUGUUGUUGCAUAGACGUUGAGUGCGAGAACUAGACAGCAAAGAGAUCCUCGGUGCGGGUCAAGCACAUCUCACCCGACCAACUGAAAAAGGAGGAGAGGCCAAAACGACAACUGCAACUGGAGGAAAAAAGUGUCUACAAUCCUCACGGAUUGCCACAACGUCGAAGAUUAUCGUGACAUGAUGGCUACGGAGGAACUCUACGAGGUGGAGAGAAUAGUAGGCAAACGUAAGAACAAAAAGGGCAAGACUGAGUACCUGGUCCGCUGGAGAGGCUAUGGCUUUGAUGGAGACACCUGGGAGCCAGAGAAUCACUUGUCCAGCUGCGUCGAGUUCAUCCAUGAAUUUAACCGGCAACACAGCGAGAAGCAGAAAGAUGGAUCUCUUCGUUCCGCACGCAGCUCUCCCAGCACAGCCGGAGGCAACACAAGCAUCAACGCCCGCAAACAAAUCAGCAGGCCUCAGCAGUCCUCAGCAAGUCCUAACACAGGGAAGACCUCUCCACUCACCCCAAGCACACUCUCCACAAAACGGCUUCAGCCAGCACAGCAGUCACCGCACAACAGUGAUGCACAUCAGCAGAAAAGUAAGCGAUUGGCUGGCUUGAGUAGCAGUGGCACUGCCGUUACAAGUGCAGUCACUGACAUGGCUCCGACGGCAGCAACAACAGCUGCUCCCACUGUUAGCGCGCUGCGGCGAAGUAUGGACCUGGCUAAAUCUGGCAUCAAAAUCCUAGUGCCGAAGAGCCCAAUGAACAGCCGCACUGACACAGAGGAGUCUCCCAGCGAGGCAGCGCACAGUCUGGAGCAGGGAGGCCAAGAGCCAGAUGCUGUGCCCCCUGAAGUGGCCUUGCUGGAGAAACCCGCCAGAGCAGUGCGUGUACAAGGAGAGGAACGGGCUCGUAUGGGCACCAGGCCCAGAACACAAACAGCCCUUCCGCCACCGCAGAUUCCCAUUACCCCCGCUGCCGUCCGCACAUUAAAUGGGAAAGGCGUGACCACCCUCAUGGAGGCCUUGUCUGCAAAUGGGACAGCCGUUACUCAGAGUGGUGCAGCAGGAGUGAUGAGCAGCUCAGGGCUGACAGGCAAAAGGCGUUUUGAGGACCGUGCAACUUUCGACAAGCGUCUGCGCUUCAGUGUUCGUCAAACUGAGAGUGCUUACCGCUACAGGGACAUUGUAGUUAAGAAACAAGAUGGCUUCACACACAUUCUGUUUUCUACAAAGACCUCUGAGAACAACUCCCUGAAUCCUGAUGUCAUGAAAGAGGUUCAGAGUGCCAUGGCCACAGCUGCAGCUGAUGACAGUAAACUUGUUCUACUGAGCGCCGUGGGAAACGUCUUCUGCUUUGGCCUCGACUUCAUCUAUUUUAUUAGGCGGCUCACGGAUGAUAGGAAAAAAGAAAGUAUCAAAAUGGCGGAGACAAUCAGAACUUUCGUCAACACAUUUAUUCAGUUCAAGAAGCCCAUCAUUGCUGCUGUGAAUGGGCCCGCCAUUGGGCUUGGAGCGUCUAUCUUGCCCCUGUGUGAUGUCAUUUGGGCCAAUGAGAAGGCUUGGUUCCAGACUCCUUAUACAAUCUUUGGCCAAACCCCAGAUGCCUGCUCCUCCGUGACAUUCCCUCUCAUCAUGGGAGUCGCCUCGGCUAAUGAAAUGCUACUGAGUGGGAGGAAGUUGACAGCUCAGGAGGCUUGUGCCAAAGGACUCGUGUCCCAGGUUCUGUGGCCAGGGACCUUCACACAGGAAGUAAUGGCUCGCAUCAAGGAGCUAGUAUCUUUUAAUUCAGUCGUUCUGCGCGAGUCCAAAGCACUGGUGAGGAACAUUAACCGGGCCGCCCUGGAGCAGGCCAACGAGAGGGAAUGUGAGGCACUUAAGAGGGUCUGGGGCUCUCCUCAGGGCAUGGACUCCAUACUCAAUUAUCUCCAGAAGAAAAUCGAUGAAUUCUAAGUCAGUUAAAUGUCCUACGGGUGUCAAAACCUCCAUCCUCAAGUGCCUGAAGUUAUUUAAACAAGGUUAGUCGGUAGUUAUUUUUUUAGCAGGAUUUUCAUGGAACAGUGGAAGACUGGCGUGGUCAAACCCACACUUCAUCUUCGUCCAGGACGUAUUUCAUUUUCUUCAGACUGCAGAAAGCAGCAUCUCAUUCUGCUACACUUGAUACUGACUUUAAUUAAAAGUUUGUGAUAAAUCUUGCACUGCGCAGAAGGACAAAAUGCCUUGAUAUAUGUCAAUUCUGGUCAUCUUUCUGCUCAAUUUCUGUUGUAUCAACUAAUGAAUUGGUUUGUCAUAGAGGUAAUACAGAUUUGGGCUACUCUUUGAGCACCACCUAUGCAGACUGAUUGAGAAAAAAUUGAUAAUAUCAGUUAACUGAAGAAAGGGAUGCAUGAGACUUGAAUGAGUUACAUUUUGCUCGUUUUGGAUAUCGCUACACUAACAGAUUGUAAUUAGAAUCAAGUCUUUAGCAAGCUUUUCUUCAGUAGGUACUUUUUAUUCAGCAAAUAGAAGUCAUCUCAAGCCUUGUUCAUCUUAAAUAUUCAUGCAACUCCUGCUGGCAUUUACAUCGGCCAGCCCUUUGAAGACCUUUUUAUGAACGGAUAGUUACAUAAAGAAAAACACA